AACAAGCCCUCAUUAAGUUGAUUGGUUGUUGAUGUCGUUCAGCGAAAUGUCCACCAGGUGGCACAUUAGAGGCAGCCGGAAGCCACAGGAGUUAAAGCGGAAGUACAUAGAAACAGUCUCGCAAUUUGGGGGGCUUUGUAAGAGAAACUAAGAGUCACUUUUAUAUCAUAUACCAGUAUUUUCGUUAAGCUGAUAACCAGGCAUGGAUAGAUAGUGAAUAAAUAACGUGAUUUAACAUUAAGGACCCUGAAGUGAGGCAAUCCAUCACAUCUGUGGCCAGGACUGCCUCUCAGAGCUGGUAGAAACGCAUCAGGGCCACCAUAGUGUAGCUGCCCAGUAAACUAGAGUUCUGUUUCUUUGCUCGUGGCCACCAGCAUGGCAAACAGCAACCCAAUAAUAGUGAAGGGUCUGCCCUCAGGCCCAGCAGGCAGAAGCAGUCCGGAAGGAACUCAGGUGCUCAGUAAGAAGAAGCUGCAGGACCUGGUCAGAGAGAUUGAUCCAAAUGAGCAGCUGGAUGAGGAUGUUGAGGAGAUGUUGCUUCAGAUUGCUGACGACUUCAUAGAAAGUGUUGUGACUGCAGCCUGUCAACUGGCACGCCAUCGCAAAUCCAACACAUUAGAGGUUAAGGAUGUUCAGUUACAUCUAGAGCGCCAGUGGAACAUGUGGAUUCCUGGUUAUGGCUCAGACGAGAUCCGACCGUUCAAGAAGGCAUGCACCACAGAGGCUCACAAACAGAGAAUGGCACUGAUCCGCAAGACAACCAAAAAGUAGCACGGGGAGAUGUUCUGUUCAACCCACGCUGUGUAAUUUCUUAGUUUUUUGUUGUUGUUUUUUGACUAAUGCAGAGCAGAAGUUAUUUUGGUGAGGGGUGUUUUUCUUCAGACAUGAAAUAGUGUUAAAAUGUCAUGUCCAACUAACUUUGACUGUUUUACCAGAAUUUUCGCACAUAAUUGUGUUUGUAUGUUUCAUUCUGUUUUGUUUCCACAAAGCUAAGCCUGUAAGAGCUCCAUUGCAGUUUUUGUCAAUAAACAUUUACUGGAAUACCU